AUGGAAGCUAUUGUUGGUGUCGCUGGCUUGGCAAUCGGGAUCCCCGGACUUAUCGAUGUGCUCAUCACGGCGUGCAACUAUCUCGCCGAAAAGGUUAACGACUACAAAGAUGCCCCAGCAUCACUCCAAGAGAUCAGAGCCAUGGAGGUUGAGCUUGUCAGCACCCAGCUGACAGCUCAGCUUGAGAGUGCCAAAAUCGUUAUCAAGUACCCAGAUGUCAGCGAUGGCUUGAAAGCCUAUCUGGGAGCGCGUUUGUCCGACAUCAAGGACCGCCUCGUGAAGACGGAUAACCUGCUGGAAAAAUAUAAGAGAAGAUCUAUCGCAUAUGCAUGGCUCGGUGGGAAGAAAGAACUUCUCAAGCUUGUUCGAGACCUCCGGAAGCUGGGGCAGGAUGUGGACGCGGCGCUAAACGGCAUCUGGCGCCACAAAAAGAUGGUUCCAUCUCGCCUCUUUCUAACGAGCUCGCAAUUUCAACUUAUCGGCGGAGACGAAGACGAAACAACAAAAAACCCGCUCCCACAUUCAGAAAUAUACCUCCGGGAGGGAUUCCUUACGAACUGUGAGAAUGCGAAAGAUAUUCGCGGUCGUGGAACUUUUAUUCUUGAGCCUAUGUUGUAUCAUUGGGGAGAGCAAGAGAGCGCAUCGGAAGAGGCUCUCCUCCUUGCAUCAAAGCUUUAUAAAGCCGAGAUCUCGCACGGGAUCCCGAGGAUUAUCGGAUACCGCCACGUCCCUUCACGCCAAUGCCACGAGCUUGUUUUCUCGAUCCCCUCUGACCGUGGGACCCCUCGAACUCUUCAUGAUCUUCUCCUCUGUAGUAACCCUGCUAUUCGAGUCCCGUCUUUGACUGCCAGAUUAAACGUCUGCUACCAACUAGCUAAAGCUGUUCUAUUCACCUAUGACCUCGAACUCGUCCACAAAAAUAUUCGCCCCCAAAAUCUUAUCAUCCUGUGCCCGGAAGACACACUCGAUACAACGGACGAGAAAACAAUAAGAUCAAUCAUUCUCGGGACAGUCUUUCUAACGAAUUGGGAAUCGUCCCGGAACGCUGGGCAUGCCACGAAGCUCCUGGGUUCGAAGGAUUGGCAACAAGGAAUUUACCAACACCCUCAAAGACAAGGACAAAAGGCAGACGCUUAUUAUGUUAUGGGUCACGAUAUCUACAGCCUCGGGGUUUGUAUGUUGGAAGUCCUUUUAUGGAAGACCUUCAUGGACCAAAAAAACGGUGUUUACCAUAUCAGUCAGUUGUAUCAAGAGAGAGCCUUGCACCUCGGACUAGUCCAACCGGACUUCUUCGGAAACACACAAGCAAUGACAAAGAUUCCCCGAAAUGUGCAAAAGAUAUUGAUCGAUAUCGCUCGGACUGAGCUGCCUGCGGCGGCCGGAGACAAAAUGACGGAGCUUGUUGUUAAUUGUCUCACCUGUCUUGAGGAUGGUUUCGGGGGACAGUUUAUCAUCCCUGAGGGCGAGGAGGACGAGGAGGAAGAGAACCACAAUAUCCGCUUGAGGUACAUGCUGGACGUCCUAAGCAUUUUUCCUAGUUGA